AUGUCGCUCAUCCUACCAGAAUGGGUGGCCCACUACAACGACGACAAGAAGGCAAAACGCUCUACCAUCUUCAGCGUUGCUGUUCAUCCCGACUCCAGCCGUCUAGCCACAGCAGGUCUCGACACCAAGAUUCGCAUCUGGUCCACCGCCACCAUCCUCUCCGAGGCAGACGAGAAAGACACAAACUCACAUCGACUCCUCUCCACUCUCUCACGACAUACCGGCAGCGUCCUCGUGGUGAGAUGGGCCAACUCAGGCCGCUUCCUCGCUUCCGGCUCCGAUGACACUGUCGCUCUCAUCUGGGAUCUCGACCCCAGUGGCAUGGGUGGUGGCAGUUUCGGAUCCACCGAUGUCAACCUCGAAAGCUGGAGGCCCUUCCGUCGUCUGGCAGGGCAUGAAUCAGACGUCGUAGACUUGGCAUGGGCCGAGGAUGACGAGUUCAUCGCAACCGUUGGUCUCGACUCCAAGGUCUUCAUCUGGUCUACCACCACAUUCGAGCGAUUACGCACCAUCGAUGCUCAUCAAGGCUUCGUCAAAGGGGUCGUCUUUGACCCUCUCGGUCAAUACCUCGCAACGGCUUCCGAUGACAAGACCGUCAAGGUUUGGCGCACCUCCGACUGGAGCCUCGAGCGAUCUGUCACCCACCCUUUCCUCACCAGCCCUUCGACCGCCUUCUUCCGCCGCCCGAGUUGGUCCCCCGAUGGUAGCUUGCUCCUCUGUGCCAACGCUAUGAGCGGUCCCGUCUUCGUUGCCAGCGUCGUCAAGCGAUCCAACUGGACAAGCGACAUUUACUUUGUCGGUCACGAGAAUGCCGUCGUUGUCACUGCCUUCAGUCCCAAGAUCUUUGUCGGCUUUGAUGGAGGUACACACUCUUGCGUGGUCGCGUUAGGCUCGCUUGACCAGUCGGUCUCCAUCUGGAUCACUGGUCUUGAGCAGCCCGUCUUGGUCGCCAGGGACGUCUUCCAGCGACAGGUCAUGGAUCUUUCCUGGUCAGCUGAUGGCUACACGCUCUAUGCCUGUUCAUCGGACGGCACCGUCGCCGUCUUCAACCUUACACCUGACAUCAUCUCGGAAGCCUUGAGCGGCAAGAGACUUGAACAAUCGCGAGCAAAGCACGGUGUCAAGAGGAUUCGAAAUGUCGCAACCUCUUCCAAUGGCGCCCUCAUCGCCGGAACUUCAGAUCGUCCCAAUCUUCUUCGACCACGCAAAGUUGGACAGACUCUGCCACCACGUUCCUCAGUGACACCCGUGCCCCUUGCUGGUAGCGUGCCCCCUGUUCGACCCGCAGCAUCCAAAAACGAGCGAUUGCAGCAAACCAUCACCAUCACCAAAGACGGCAAACGUCGCAUUCGACCCACCCUCAUCGGCGACGACCUCGCACCCGCACCCGCACCUGCACCUCUCCCUCACUACGCCUCCGAGCCGGCAACUACGCAGCACCCUUCUAUGCAGACCUUCCAGUCCCAUCAGCUACCAGCCAUGCGUGAAGCUGUUGGCGGUACCACUACCGACGGAUUCGGUUCUGGUCGCAGUGCGAACGGCGUGCACGCGAGCAGCACCAAUGGAAGCUUUUAUGGCGCUACAACAUCAAAUGCGCCCGGCUCGAUGCCUGUCAUGGCGAUGCCGUCUGCCGCUGCCACUUCAUUGAUGCCCUACGUGCCUGUAGGUCUACCUUUCGGCAUCAUGCCCGAAGGUGCCAGCCCCGAAGACAUGAUGCAAUUCUGGACCGAGUUCCAACAACGCUUCAUGCGGGGCAAGAAGCGCAAGGUGGAAGAAGUCGAGACCGACUCGGAAGAUAUCGAGCCCAUCGGCAAGCUUCAGAAGGGCAAGACGAGGGCGGACGUUGGACGAACACUGGCAGGUGAGACUCCACGUGAUCCGCCAGGUCCGAAGAAGGUGCUGCGAGAGGCUUUAGUGGGUGCAAGUGGAAUCGUCGAGAAUGGUGUUCGCAAAGGCGUGCACCUGGCUGUUCCCGAGACUUCGAGCAUCUAUCGCCGGGAUGAGGAUAACAUGUCGAUAGAAAUCCGCAACUUUGAUGAAUCACGACCGACCGAGAUCGCGCGACUCGACCCUUCCGACAAGGACCGCGCGCUCUGGUUCGACUUUAGCCCAACAGCUGCCACGCUAGCCACAGCCGCAUCCUUCUUCUCUGCCGUAGCUUUGGAGGAUUCAACGAUACUCAUCUACUCGGCGCGAGGUCGAAGGAUUGGCAAUCUGCUGUUGGACUCGGCUUGCUACCGAUUGGAAAGCAAUGGCGUCGUGCUUAUGGCAGUCACUGUCUCCGGUCUCAUGUACAGAUGGAACAUUCGUACCGAUCGUGAGAUUCAUCGACCGAUCUCGGUGCUCAACCUGCUUGGUGAGCCUGAGAAUCUCUUGUCAAUGACGAUACACAGCAACGGAGCGCCCAUUGUGAUCCUGCACAGCGAGAAGGCGUACACGCUCGACGACAACAAGCUUGGUUGGGUCUGCAUCAGCGACAGCUGGUGGGCAGAACACUCGGAAGCAUGGGAUGGACGCACACGCAGUCGCGGUAGCGAGGCAGCCAUUCGUGAUCCUGUGCGAGCGAUCGAAGCCGAGAUCAACACGAUGUAUGUCCGUCGUGUGCACGGAGAUAAUCAGGUGGGAACACAGGAGGAGUCGGACGACGAAGAAAGUCCUUCAGUCGAGAUGACGGUACCCGAAGACAAGAAAUCGGACUUUGUCAUUGCGAUCACGCUGAGACACCUAGAAGCACGAAUGCUAGCUGCCAUCAUCCUCGAUAGUGCCAACGAGUACAAGAACUACUUGAUGGCUUAUGCCAAACGCAUCGCAGAAGAGGGCAUCAAAAACCAGGCUGAAGAUCUGAUCAAGUCAUUGAUUGGUCCCAUCUACUACAAACCAGAAAAGGAUCAGGAUUCGUCCUGGGAGUCGACUGUGCUCGGCUUCGAUAAGCGUCAACUCUGCAGUCAGGUCCUGCAGAUUCUGGCAAGACCUCGCAAUUUGACCGCGCUGGUACAGCCGUAUCAGGAGAUCCUUGCCAACAUGAAGGCGUAA